CCUUAGAGAGUCAAGAGUAACUCUUUAGAUGAUUUAAUUUCUUUGUUAAUUUAAUCAAUUGAGUCACAAUUUACCUAAUAAGUGUUUCUAGUCAGCAAUUUAAUAAUCAUAUUAUUAAUUUCUAUCCGUUCAUCUUAAUUAAUUAAUCGAAACCAUGAUGAUACUUAAGUCAUCAUGGAGAUUUUUAAUUGUGGUGUUAUUGGCAUCGUGGAAAUUUGAUUCAGUCUUUUCGGUUGAUCAAAAUUCGCAAAUUGUCCAGCAACAUGUUGAUCAAACGGACGGCGUUGGGCCGCAACAAUCAUCUCAUUUCAAUGAACAAUUAAACAAAGGGAAGGAAUCUUCAUCCAGAAUUAUGGAUAAUCCCAUGAAGUUGAAGGAAAGUGAUCAAGAAUUGUUGAAAAGUAUCAGGCUAUUAAUAGAAAUGCGAUCGAUAUCAUUAACUAAUCAAGCUUUGGAUCAAAGGAAAGCUUUUGCCGAGUUUAAUCAUCGCAAGACCUUUGCUGUUAAAUCAGGAUCAAAGAUCACUCAAAGACAAUUGAUUGACAAUUUAGAAACAACCUUACCAACCCGGUACAAAACACUAAGCGAAUCAUCAGGAAUUGGACUCACCAAUUUACCGAUUACCUCAUAUGAUGAAAGGCUAUUCAAUCAGACUCAAUAUCUAAGGUCAAUGAUUAACCGGAUCAACAAUAAAAAAUCAGUGAUCGUAUUUAAAAACAGAGGUGGUCACAUUAAUGGCGAUGUUAAUUUCAACAUAAAUGCUUCUGGUGGUGGAAUUAAAUUGAUUAGUAGAUCAACUGAUGCUCUUAAUGUUGAUCCAUCUCAAUUGUUGGAUGAUUUGGUUUAUCGUCAACACAACUCUCGUUAUCAAAUCACUGGACCAAUUCACUUAACCAAAAGGUCAUCGGUGAGAAAGGCAGUAACUAAAUCAACUAAUGGUCUUAAUCUAGUUCGUGAUGUUGUUUUCAAAGGAUUAACUCGAUUCCAAAUCAAAAGUCCUCUUAGAAUACGAUCUUUGUCUAGUGAUUUAAUUUCAACUCAAUUAUCAAGUCAAUUGGAUGAUCUUAUUUUCAUCAAUAGUAAAACUCCAGUGACAAUUUCGUCCCCAUUGAAUUUCAAAUCCAAUAUUUAUAUCGACCGACAAUUAAAUGUUGAGAAGAUUUCAAAUGUUCAUCUACAGACCUUCCGAUUAUCAGUAUUAACCUACAAUUCUGAUCAAAUUGUUCCAAGUCCAAUUAGGAUGCGAUCAUUUCGAGUACCUAAUGUCCAGUUAAAAGGUCAACUAAAUGAUAUCAACUUUAAUCGUGUGGUCCGAUUACUACGAACCGAUUUACCAAUUCAGGUUCCCAAGUUAAUUGUUGAUUCAAAUUCAUUACAAGCUCAUGAUUUCAGUUUCAACAAUUUGAACAAUCAACGAUUCCCAGAUGAUUUUCUACUCGCUAAUAGCCCUCAGUCUAUUCCAACUCCAAUUAACUUUUCGAACCUGAAAAUUACCCGUGGAGCGGAAAUCGAUGGCCUAAUUAAUGGACUUCGAUAUCCAGAUAGUUUCGUUACACUCAAUGGAAACGAAACAAUCAAUUCGAACAUAAUUUUCACAGAUUCGAUAACAUUUAACAGAGAUGUUGUUCCCCGUGAUUACAUUGGUAAACAUCGAAUGGUUGAUCUGAUCGAUUGGACAUUUGGACGAAGUCCGGUCAUGAAAAAGAUUCGUAAUAAUCCAAAUGGAAAUGUAAUUGUUAAAGGUGAUCUUCAAGUUACAUCAACAAUCAACGGAAUCCAAUUGAAUGGAUUAUUAAACGAUCUGGUUCAUCGUUACGAUCGUAAUAUUAUCCAAAUUACUGGAAUUAAAACAUUUAUCAACACAAUUCAAGUUCCAUCAAUAGCAAUUAGAGAAAUCAACAGAUUCCCGAUGAAAGAUUUUGCCUCAUCAUUAACCGCCAUAGUCUCACCACUUCGGUUUGUUAAUCAUCUCACAAUUAACAAUUUAAUCUGGAAAUCAACUGGGAAAAGUAAUCCAAUCCUUGAUUUGAUCUAUAAACGGAUCAGUUUGGUACACGAAGGAACAAUUAAUGGAGAUAUUUUCAUUGAAAACAUGGGAAUUGGUUCGUUACAAGUUGAUCCUUUGAAAGGAUAUCGAAUCAACAAUUUAUCUCCUCGACAAUUAGUGUUUAGUGGACAGAAACAACAUAUUCGUGGUUCUUUGACAUUAACUAAUAUGAACUUUGCUGGGCCGAUUUUGGCAACGAAACUAUUAAUUGGUCGAAGUUUCAACAAUCGAGAUGUGAAUCGAGUCAUGAGAAAUUCAUUGGAUCAAAGAAAACGAUCAAAUGUUGGCUUCGAUCGUUUGAUCCUAAGAAAUUGUCGAGUAAACAAAUUAGUUCCUAAUUCUGGUGAUUGGAGGAUUCGAAAUCGUUUACUUGUCCAAUCUCUUCGUAAUUUACUUCUCAAACAUGGUGAUCAGGUCAUUUCGAAUCGAAAACGGUUCCUUUAUCAAGUCUCAUUUGGAUCGAAUAUAAAAUCUCGAUCUUCUCGAGGUGUUUUACAUGGAAUUCAGAAAGGUCCACUUUUCCGUCGUUCUAAUUACACAAUCAAACAAAAUCUUCGUCUCUCCAGCCUCGUAAUUCAAGGUAAUGUCCAGAUGAACGGAAAAUUGAAUGGAAUCGAUUUUUCCACCCCACUGACUGAUCUUCAAAAUAACAAUCAGAAAAGUCAAUAUACUAUGAUUAGCUCACAAUCCUUUUACGCUGGACUAAUUGCUUCAAAGAUUCACGUUAAUUUUAUAAAUGGAAAAGCUUUUGAUAAAUUGUGGUCCAAACUUAAACCUCCACAAUUUAUGGUUCCAGUUACAAUUGGUGAUCUAAUUGUCAAUGGUCAAGUUUACCUUAACGGUUUAUUGAAUAACCUACGCAUAGAACGAGUUGUUAAUAGAAUAAAAAAUCAACUGAAUCAAAGAGCAGCAAUAAUCCAUGGCGAUGUUAUUUUCAAAUCACCAGUAAAUUUAAGACAAAAUUUAAAUGUCUCUGGAACAAUUAACUCGGUUGAUUUUGGUUGGUUAACACGAUCUUUGGACACUUUGUCAACCAUUGAAAAAAUGACCGGAGUUAAGACAUUGAGGUCAAUGACGAUCUUUGGGAAUCUCAAUGUCAAACGACUUAAUGGUCAACAAUUAAGUGAUUUCUUACACAAUAUUGUCUUAAUUCAUCCAAAUAAAGGAUUACUAAUCGUUAGUCCAAUUGAAUUUACCUCGAUGACCACAAUCAGAGAUAACAUUAAUUGUGACCGAUUAAGAAGCAAUUUCUAUUCCAAUGUUAAUGGUAUUAAUAUUAGAAAUCUUUUAACUAAUCAAGAGCAACAAUUUAAACGAUCAUCAACCAUGGCCACGGCUACAAUUGAAUUCACUGAUCCAGUUAUCAUCCGUAGUAAAUAUCCAAUCCAAAUUAUGGGUAAAGUCAACAAUUUAAAUCUGCAACGAGACAUAAUUUGGUUGAAUGAUUACUUUCAACCUUACCAGUUAAUCACUGGGCACAAAUCAUUCAAACGAGCCCAUUUCAUGUCCGAUGUCCAUGUCCAGUCAACUCUGAACGGAAUCGAUUGGACUGACCGCUUACGAAGGAUAAUCCACCCACAGGCGACUCAAAACAUCACCACCGGCGUUAAAUUUGCUGGUAAAAUGAUCAUGAACUCUGGACUAUUCGUAUCAAUCAUUGAUGAUAUUCCAGCUUCAUCUUUAAUUGCUACAAAUCAGCCAACCAGAUCGUUAAUCAAGAUACCUGCUGAAUGGACCUUCAAUGGACCUUCACUAACAGUGAGAGAUGAUUUAAUUGUUGAUGGUAGAAUUAAAAAUGUCUCCAUCAAGGAAUUAGCAGCUUACUCAUUGAAGAAACAUGUUCCUCAAACAAUUAACGUUCCAUUACAAUUUGAUCGAAUUGCUUUGAAAUCAAUGGAUCAAGUCAAUUCCAUGUUCAAUGAUUUACAAUCAACCCAAAGAUUACACUCUAAUCGUUGGAAUCAAGUGGCCUCCCGAUUGAACGUUUUAAAUGAAACCAUUUCAUCAAACAGUCCAAUUUACUCACAAUUAACCAAAUACAUUGAAUUAACUCCAAUAGUAAUUAGAGGUUUCCAAACUGUAUUGAAUUUACCAGGAAUUGUUGGCUCGACAAUUGAUUGUCACCCAAUCAUCACGACUCAGAAAACUUCAGCUUAUGUGAUCAAUUUUGGUUCAUUGAUUGAUGAUCGUGUUGUUUUCACUAGUUUAAUAUUCAAUGGAUCACAAUUAGUUAAUCUAAUGAGGAAACCAAUUGUCACACCUUAUAUUGCUACUCAUCAUUUGAGAUUGGAUCAAUUUAAUUACAAUCUAUAUCAAGCUUCACCAAAUUCAACAACUCCAACGAUUCUGGUCAAUAGUGACCUACAACAAACCAUUGGUCAUCUUACCGGUCGAGCAUAUGAUGAUUUAAAGAUAUUAUCAAUCGGUGGUAAAGGUCAAUUUAUUUGCGCUUUAUCAUCGGUUCGAGGGGUCAUCGAAACAUUUACCGUGGACAUUGUAAAUGGUCAGCCAAUGAUCAGGUUAAUUAGUACUCUAAAUGUUACACCAAGUGCUCGAAAAAUUUCAUUAUUCAUCAUGAUGAAAGAAAUUUAUUUGGCUGUUGCUCGAAGCUCAGACAGUGAUUGUGAAUCUGAAGAUAGUUCCAGUUUAUUGUUACAUUGGAUCGAUAAUCAAUUUAAAUUAAUUCAGAGAUUUAAACACUUUGAAGCUUCAAAUGUUGUUUAUUAUGAAUUCAAUGGUCACUCUUACCUUGUCUUCAGUGAAUCUAAGGCAAAGGUUGACCGAUUAACGGACAAAGCGAUUCAUGUUUAUCAAUCAAUCUUCAAGAAAUGGCCCUACUGUCAAUUUAAACAUUUCCAUUCAAUUAAUUUUGAACAUGCAAUUGAUUUAAAAGUAAUUACAGUUCCAUCACCUUCACGAUCAAUUCAAUUGUUGGCUGCACUUAAUUCAUCAGCUUUAACAAUUUGGCAGCAAAAAGGAAAUGCUGGUUUCACGAGGAUUUGGUCACAAUCAUUAACCGAAGGACAGUCUUUUAAAUUUAUUACAAUUAAUUCAAAUAUCUAUCUAAUUGUUGCCCAAUUGUCUUCUAGAAUUGGAUCUUUUAUAAUGAAAGCGAUCAUUUAAUUAACUUAAAUUGUGUGUGUGUAUGUGAUUCUAAUCAAUAUGUUAAUCAAUUUUUCUAGAAAGAAAAUUUAAUUUCUUUUUAAUCCUCAAACCCUUUAAUUAUUUUUCUUCUCGUUGUUUAAUUGUUACAAUUGAUUUAUAUAUUAAUUCAUCUGUUUAUUUAAGUCACUGAUCAGAUUGUUACAAAUUUUUUAACUUAAAUUGUUACAUUUAAUUUAUAUUUUCUAUCCGAUUUUUAUACAUCUUAUUAUUACAAGAGAAAACAAAUUACAAUCAUUAACCAUUAAA